AUGAAAAGCCUGUCUGAAGAAGAUCUGAAGCUGAUUGAAGAGAUGAAGACUGAAGAGGCGGUGGUUUUGAAUAUGAGUACUCUGACGGAAGAAGGCGUGAUGGCUGUGAAGAAUGCCGCUUGUGAGAGGCUGUUGGAUCAAAGGGUGGAGGAGAAGAUGAAAUCUAGACGCAUCGGUGACCACUUGAACAGGUUCCACGUGGCAAUGCCGAAGCUUCGUGAUGACAAAGAGAGGCUCCCUUGUACACCUCAGGUAGUCAUGGAAGCUGGUGAGAGUCAAAAGACUGAGAAAGAUUUGGAAGAUGAGAAUGGUGGAGCUGGAGUUUAUAAUGCUAGUCUGAAGAAGAAGUACAUCUUGGCUGAUGAAAGUUGGAAGGAUGACAUCAUACCUGAGAUUUGUGAUGGUCAUAACGUUGCUGACUUUAUGGAUCCAGACAUUUUGAAUAGGCUUGAGGAGUUGACAAGUGAAGAAGACCACCGUAGGAAAGCUGAGAAAGAAGAAGAUGAUUUUGAGAUUGAAGACGAGAAACUUACGGAGGAGCAGAAGAAACAGCUGGCUGAUAUUCUUAAGAAGAAAGCUUUGCUGAUUCAAGAGCAUAGACUCAAGAAGAGCAAUGCACAGAACAGAGCAGCUGUUCCAAGAAAGUUUAACAAGGACAAGAAGUUUACAAGGGAGAGAUUGGGUAGAGACUUAUUAUCCCUUGGUCUUGACCCUGCUUCUGCUAUGAACCGUGCAAGAAGCAAAUCUAGAGGCAGAAAGAGGGAGAGAUGUGAUGAUGUGAACGAUGAGCAACAAAGUAAUAAGAAGCUGUGUUUAUCAAGAUCGAGAUCAGUGUUAGCUGGUGAAGGCUUCAAAGAUUCGUCACAGAAGAUAAAGGCUAUUAAGAUUGGAAACAAGUCUCACAGAAAGAGGAACAAAGAUGCACGUCGUGGAGAAGCUGACAGAGUUAUACCAACACUUAAACCGAAACACUUGUUUUCAGGUAAAAGAGGGAAAGGAAAAACUCAAAGGCGUUGA